CGUUGCCAUCGCGCGUCGAUGAGAGCUCCCUCAUCAUCAUUCACAACCUCACACCUUCCAUCCACAUCAACCCCAUGACCGCCGCCUCCCAACCUCGCCCAGCAACCAAAAGCCAGCCGUCCGAUCAGUCUAUCAUGGGUGGUUUGACCUCCGCCGCCGGCCUCGUCGGCUUCCUGUCUGAGCCAGACGCCGAGGUCAGGUCGUUCGCCCUCCACCGGUUAAACGAAGAGAUUGAUCUCCUGUGGCCCGAGGUUGCAGGCUCCGUUGGCCAGAUAGAAACUCUGUACGAGGAUGAGUCGUUUCCCGAGAGAGAGCUUGCAGCUCUGGUGGCGGCCAAGGUCUACUACCAGCUGCAGGAAUACAACGAGAGCAUGGUGUUCGCACUAGGCGCAGGGAAGCUCUUCAGCAUAGAUCAUCCCGGCGAGUUUGAAGACACGAUAGUUGCGAAAUGUGUCGAUACGUACAUUGCGCUAUCUGCGAUGCAUAAUCCUUCGACUCCGGCAAGCACAGCGAACCAGCCGCCGCCGCAGCUUACCACGUCGUUCCCGCCCAACGCAAACGGUGGCGCUAGCACCGCGGCUAGCCUGACCUCCCCGACCACUCCUUUCUCCCAGUCUACUCUCCCAUCAAAAUCGCUCCUCUCCCGCGAAGACUCGACAACCUUUGACCCGUCCGCUCCCGGUGGUGGCAAUGCCGGUGUGUCGGGCGCACACCCCUCGCCAUUGGCGCUGAACCGGGCGGUGCAGAGGAACCUCCAGACGGUCAUCAGGCGGCUAUUCGAGAGCUGCUACGAGGUUGGUGCGUACCGUCAGGUUGUCGGUAUCGCCAUCGAGGCCAGGAACCUGGAGGUGCUGCGCGAGACGAUCCUGAGAGCCAGCCAGGAUGAGAAGAAGCAGGGAAAGAAGGCUGCGAAUGGCGGCCCGAGCAAGAGCGAGGAGUUGAUGGAGUACGUUCUGGACAUUUGCAUGAACGUUGUUCAGGAGAGAGGCUUGAGGAAUGAGAUCCUGAGACUUAUCCUCGACAUGCUCAACGAGCUCCCUAACCCCGACUACUUCUCGAUCGCCAAAUGCGUCGUUUACCUGAACCAGCACUCGAUGGCCUCGAACAUGCUCAGGCAUCUGGUUGAGCGCGGUGAUGGCCACUCCCUUGCUGUGGCUUACCAGCUUUCUUUCGACCUCUACGACAACAGCACUCAGGAAUUCCUGUCCAAGGUUAUGGAAGAGCUGCCCGAGUCAGAGGAGGAAAAGAAGGACGAAAGCGCGGCGCAAACUGGCGGCAACGGCGAUGCGAUGCAGACAGACAGCGGCGAGAACGCUCGGGAGACCGAUGGGCUGCUUGCCAACGCGGAGCACAACAACGAAGGCGCGCAUACUGCGACGAUUCCUUCCAGGACGAAGGCGAAGCCGGCCACCGAGGAGCAGAAGAAGGCUUUUGCAUCCAUCCGCCACAUCCUGAAGGGUACCAAGAGCAUUGAGCUCAACUUGGAAUUCUUGUACAGGAACAACCACGCCGACCGCAACGUCCUCAACAAGAUCCGCGACAGCUUGGAAGCUAGGAAUUCCAUCUUCCACACCUCCGUCACUUUCGCCAACGCUUUCAUGAACUCUGGCACCACUAACGACGGGUUCUUCCGGGACAACCUUGACUGGUUGCAGAAGGCUGUCAACUGGUCCAAGUUCACUGCUACUGCUGCCUUGGGUGUUAUCCACCGCGGCAACAUCACUCAGGGCCAGCGUCUUUUGGAUCCCUACCUCCCCAAGGACAACAACGUUGCCGGCUCCUCUUACAGCCAGGGUGGUUCGCUUUAUGCCCUUGGCCUGAUCUACAGCAACCAUGGGACCGAUGUCUUGGAAUACCUUUCUAACCAGUUCAAGAGGGCAACUGAGGAAGUUGUUCAGCACGGUGGUGCGCUAGGUCUGGGUGUUGCUGGUAUGGCUACCGGUAACGACGACAUCUACGAAUCGCUCAAGACUGUCCUCUACACCGACUCGGCCAUCAACGGCGAGGCUGUCGGUCUCUCGAUGGGUCUGGUCAUGUUGGGCACCGGAAACAUCAAGGCUCUCGAAGACAUGAUCCAAUACGCUCAUGACACUCAGCACGAGAAGAUCGUUCGUGGUCUGGCUAUGGGUAUGGCGCUUAUCAUGUUUGCCCGCCAAGAAGCGGCCGAUGAACUCAUCAACGGCUUGUUGGAGGAUCCUGAUCCGACGCUCAGAUACGGUGGUAUCAUGACCAUUGCUCUGGCCUAUUGCGGCACGAGCAGCAACAAGGCCGUUCGUAAGCUGUUGCACGUUGCUGUCAGUGAUGUCAGUGAUGAUGUCCGGAGAGUGGCCGUGAUGAGUUUGGGCUUCGUCCUGUUCCGCAAGCCGGGCAGCGUCCCCCGCAUGGUCGAGCUGCUUGCCGAGUCCUACAACCCCCACGUUCGGUACGGCGCCACUAUGGCUCUGGGUAUCGCCUGUGCCGGCACCGGACUCGACGAAGCUAUUGAUCUGCUGGAGCCGAUGAUGAAGGACUCCACCGAUUUUGUCCGCCAGGGUGCUCUUAUCUCGCUGUCCAUGAUCAUGGUCCAGCAGAACGAGGCCAUGAACCCCAAGGUUGCCACUAUCCGCAAGACCCUGCAGAAGAUUGUUGGUGAUCGUCACGAGGAUGCGAUGGCCAAGUUUGGCUGCGCACUUGCUCUUGGCAUCAUCGACGCCGGCGGUCGUAACUGCACCAUUGGCCUGCAGACUCAGACCGGUAACCUCAACAUGACUGCUAUUGUCGGCAUGGCUGUCUUCACUCAGUACUGGUACUGGUUCCCUCUUACCCACUUCUUGUCCCUCAGUUUCACGCCGACCGCUGUCAUCGGUGUGGAUCAAGAUCUUGAGAUCCCGAGCUUCAAGUUCCACAGCGCCACCCGGCCAAGCAUGUUCGACUACCCCCCUGAAGUCGAGGUCAAGACCGAGGAAGCUCCUGAGAAGGUCAAGACCGCCGUAUUGUCAACCACGGCGCAGGCCAAGCGCCGCAAGAUGGUCAAGGAGAGGCAACAGCGUCGUGAGAGCAUGGAUAUUGACCAAACUCCUGCCACGCCCAAGGUUUCGGGUGCCGAUGAUGACAAGAUGGACACCGAUGAUGACCAGAAGGCGAAGGAGGAGAAGGGAGAGAAGACGGACGGCGAGAAGGAGAGCACGCCUUCCGCUGAGGGCGCCAAGAAGAGAGUGGAGAAGGAGAAGGUCGGCUAUGACCUUGAGAACAUGUCGAGAGUUCUCCCGGCACAGCUCAAGUACAUCAGCUUCCCUGGCGAGCGCUAUGUGCCAGUCAAGAAGCCUACCGGAGGUGUCAUCCUUGUCCACGACACCACUCCUUCGGAACCGAAAUCUUUGCUUGAGCUGAAGGUCAAGAAGGCGACCACCACUCCCGCUCCUGGCGCUCCCGGUCACACCCUGGCCGACCGUGUCAAUGACGCUUAUGCCGCUGUCGAUGAGUACGCUGCACAAGGCGAGCAAGGUGGCGCCGCCGAGGCUGCUGGCGUUUUGACCGCUGUUGAUGAAGAUGAUGAUGGUGAGGAUGCACAGCCACCGCGAGACUUCGACUACUACUCGGAAGGCAACGACGAGGAGUAAAGACGGAGUUAGUCGUUUUUUGUACAUCAGGUUAUUGAGCUCAGCUUCGUGCAAUGGAUUAGUACGUUAGGGUUUGGGCAUAAUUUGCUUCUUUCCAGGCAUUCAAGACUGGCUGGCGUCAUGUGCGGCAACGAGCGAUGCGCGCGGCGGUGGACGAAUGGAUGGAUGGGACGGUGCACGGCUAUGGUCGUGAGGAUAGAUAUUGGCAAUGAUAGGUGCUUCUAAGGCAGGUGAUGUACAUUAUGACUCGUUAUGCAAUUGAGCAUAUUCAGUGAAGGUUUGGC